UAUCUCCAAUUUAUGUAACUUACAUGUCUUUGGACUGUAGAAAAAAAAAACAGAGCUUCUGGAGGAAGCCCAUGCAGACACAGGGAGAACAUGCAAACUCCACACAGAAAAGAACCCAGACCACUCCACUAGGACUUGUUGAGCCUUGGUGCCACCCUGUUUUCGACAUAAAACACACUGUUUUAUAGAUCACUUACAAUAAUAACCUCAUUGUAUUAAGUAUAGGUUAAAUACUUUGACACUGCAUUUGUGACAAGCUUGCUUUAAUUUUCUUCCCUCAUACUAUCCCACUGUACUUAAAUGAUAAGUUGGUGUACUAAUAUAGGUGAAAGGCCGAGUGUUGCCACUAAUGCAGUGUGCCAGCUUUCAACUUUCAUCACUCCUCUGUUUCUGGCUCAUUAUUGGUUCAGUUAACAGACUUUCAAUGUGUUGCAACAAUAUGAUGUGAUAAAAGGCUACCAAUGAAGUGAACACUGCUAGUGCUGUGUCUGCAUCAGAUAUGAAUUUUGAAGCUAUAGUCACCAGUCAUAAGAUUUAAUAUCAGACUGUGCUGAUUCUGUUUUGCAAAUAUUAAAUUCUGUGUUAUAAUAUAGGUAUUUAUUUGGUUUAUUAGGUUUUUGAAAACAUCUCAAAAUGUCUAUGAGUGAUUGUGGACAGCACAACAAUUCCAAUGGAAUUCACACCUUGGAAAAUAAUGAAGUGAGUUUCGGGAAGGACAGUGUCAAAGAGGGAAGUCUGAGCUCCAAAGCACAACUAAAUGGCAGCUGCGCAAAGACAUUAAUCGGAAACGACAAUAUGGGCUCCCUCUUAGACAAGGCUCAAAAUCUCUCCUUGGGAGACGAUUCUGGGAUUGACAGCCCAACUGUAGAGGUUCCAGUAGACAUGAAAACCAGCUCAAUGUCUGAUAUGAUGAUCGAGUGUGAGAAAGCAUCUGUGAAGAAUUUUGAGAAAACUGCAACAGAUGGUACUAUAGUAGAAACCAAAAUGUGUACAGAGGAAGAAUCAAUCCCAUUGUCUGCUAAAGUGCAUCUGACUUCAGCUGACCAGUACUGGAGCACAGCAAGGGAAAAGGCAGUAAAGCUACGGAUGAGAGAAACAGGUCCGGGUUCGGAGCCUCCGCUAACCAUCCAACAGAUGUUUCAGGCAACAGUGGACAAGUUCGGAGAUCAUCCAGCCCUCUGCUCUAAGAAAGAUGGAGCCUGGGUGACUCUGACCUAUAAAGAAUACCAACAACAGUGCCGGGCUGCAGCAAAAAGCUUUCUCAAGUUAGGGCUGGAGCGCUUCCAUGGAGUUGGUAUUCUGGGAUUCAACUCUCCUGAGUGGUACAUCGCAGAUAUUGGAUGUAUCAUGGCAGGAGGCCUUGCUACCGGAAUCUAUACUACUAACUCUCCAGAAGCCUGUCAGUAUGUGGUCGAAGACUCUGAAGCCGAUGUGCUGGUUGUUGAAAAUGACAAACAACUUGCAAAAAUCCUCCAGAUUAAAGAUCAGCUACCACAUUUGAAGGCUAUAGUCCAGUACAAGGGUGAACUGGAAAAAAAGUAUCCAAACGUAUAUACGUGGGCUGAGUUUAUGAAGCUUGGGAAAGAUUUCCCAGAUGCCCAACUGGAUGCAAUCAUUGACUGUCAAAAUGCGAAUGAAUGUUGCUCCCUUAUCUACACCUCUGGAACCACAGGCAAACCCAAAGGUGUCAUGCUCAGUCAUGACAAUAUCACAUGGAUUGCUCAUGCUGCUGGUUCAGCAAUCAAUCUAGAUAUGGGAGAGAAUUCUGCGGUGAGCUAUCUCCCCCUCAGUCAUGUUGCAGCUCAGGUCAAUGACAUGUGGGUCUCCAUGAAAUUUGCUGCUGCCACCUACUUUGCUGAACCAGAUGCAUUAAAGGGUUCUUUAGCUAACACUCUAAGAGAGGUGCAUCCCACAACUUUCUUGGGAGUUCCACGUGUUUGGGAGAAAAUGCAGGAAGCAAUGAAAUCGAUUGGUGCAAAAUCUUCACCCCUAAAAAAAAGACUUGCAGUCUGGGCCAAAACAAUAGGACUUCAGGCCAGCUACAAUGCCAUGAACAAUAAUCCCACCGUACCCUGGGGCUUCAUGUUAGCCAAUAAUCUGGUGUUCAAGAGAGUGCGCGCUGGUCUUGGGCUAGAUCGGUGCAAGCAUUUCGUCACAGGAGCAGCGCCGAUUACUAAGGACACUCUUGAAUACUUUAUGAGUCUAAACAUCCCAGUGUGUGAGGUCUACGGCAUGAGCGAGAGCACAGGACCUCAUACAAUAUCCUGGUCUGAAAGUUAUCGCAUCACAAGUUGUGGAAAGGUGAUACCAGGCUGCAAAACAAAGCUGGACAAGCCAGAUGAACAGGGCAACGGAGAAAUUUGUUUCUGGGGUAGACACGUCUUCAUGGGCUACCUAAAUAUGCCAGAGAAGACUGAGGAGACUCUGGAUUCUGAAGGCUGGCUUCACUCAGGAGACCUAGGAAAGCAUGACACUAAUGAUUUCCUGUUUAUUACGGGCAGAAUAAAAGAGCUAAUCAUCACCGCUGGAGGAGAGAACAUUCCACCAGUCCCCAUUGAGGAUGCAGUUAAGGAGGAAGUGUCUAUUAUUAGCAAUGCCAUGCUGGUGGGAGACAAAAAGAAAUUCCUGUCUAUGCUUUUUACUCUCAAAUGUACGGUUGAUGACAAUGGAGACCCUACUGAUGAGCUCACCCCACUGGCAGUGGAGUUUUGCAGAGAACAUGGUGUCAUUGCAACCAAAGUUUCAGAAAUCAUAGGCAGCAAGGAGCCAGCCAUUUACAAAGUCAUCCAGGAGGGUGUGGACAGGGUUAAUGCCAAGUCCACAUCCAAUGCUCAGAGGAUCCAAAAGUGGACACUUCUGUCUCAGGACUUCUCGAUAACUGGAGGAGAGCUUGGUCCCACCAUGAAGCUCAAAAGGCCAGUUGUGGCAAAAAUGUAUGAAGAAGAAAUCAACAAGUUUUAUGGAGAAUAAUCUAUUUGAUGGCUAUGAUGUGGUAAAAGGAACAAAAAUACCCCAUUCAUGUUUUCUCACUCCCCAGAGUGCAUCUGUCACAAAAUGCUUGUGUAUUGCACUUUCUGGUAAUACCUGCACUUUUUGUAUGUAGUAGACUCAGAAACAGCCAAAGCUAGGCAAUGCACUACUGCAUCAAGGUUCUUAAUGACAAGUCAAGAACUUCUAGGAAGUGAUUUUACUAGGCUUAGUUUGGAUGGUUAAAGUUAUAUCGGGAGGGACUGUGGAUAUAGUAGAUAGCUAGUGAUUAAGUGGUCUCAGUACAAACUCCCAACUGCUCUGCAUAAUGUACAUCAUGGGUGUCUAAUCUUAUCCACAAAGGGUGCAUGCAGAUUUUCAUAUGAACCGGGCAAGAGUUUCACCUGAUAUAAGUAAUCAGGAGUUUCAGGUCUCAGGAGAGACCAAGACUAGCUGGUGAAAUAGGUGUGCUUGUAUGAAAACCUGCAGCCAUACCAGGCCUUUAUGAAUAAAAUUGGGCACCCCUGAUCUACACUGAGAAUAAUGCAGGCAUUUAAUGCAAUGUUAUGUAUGAUUUGGUUAAUUCUCUUAAAUAUCGUUGUAGCUGCUUGGUAUUAAUGUGAAAUGUUUAUGAACAAAAUUCAGAUAUUUAAAACCAUUUAUACUUUAUUUUCGUCAGUGAAUCAAACUCAAUAUAUUAUAGAAAAUGUAUAAAAUAUGUUAUGCUUAUUUUCUUUCUAACAUUUGAAGGUUAACACAAAUAUCAAUGGUAAUAUAACUUUAAAAAGAGAAUUCUAAUAAAUA